CGGGGCAUGCCGGCAUGCCGUGCUGACGUGCGGUCCGCUGGCCGUAUGGGGGUUUAUUUUGCUUUGGGCCGCUCCAGCCGCCGCCAUUAGAGGAGGCCGGGAGCGGGGCCAAGGGAUUUACCCCCCCCUCCCCUCCCCCCCCCCGCGGCCGUGCCGAGUGGGAGCGCCCGCGGCCGCGGCAACCCGCCGCCUUGGGACGUACCAUGUCGUGAGCGGGGGGAGCGCAACUCAGCCAGCGGGUCGGGGGGGGCGGCGCGGAGUGAAGGACGGACGGCUCCCGUGGGGCGGACAGAUGUCUCCUGAGAUCUGUCAUCUCCUGGAUGUUUGACUUCAUACCGCACAGAACGUUCGCAGAAUUAGGUGUCAUGUAACAGGAAAUUAUUUGGCUGACGUGAAGCUUUAAGGAAUAGUUAUCUGCUUAGUCUCAUCCUUCAUAUUUGGCAAUCCGAGGAGAAGGUCUGAGCCAGCAUGAAGACAGGAUCUCCUCUUCAGUAGAGAAAAACUUUCUGCCUGACGCAGUUCAUUUCAAGGAGUGCACGAUGACAGAGCGUGGAAUUAAAUGGGCUUGUGAGUAUUGUACGUAUGAAAACUGGCCAUCUGCAAUCAAAUGUACCAUGUGCCGUGCUCAGAGGCCUAGUGGAACAAUUAUCACAGAAGAUCCGUUUAAAAGUGGUUCAAGCGAUAUUGGUCGAGACUGGGAUCCUACGAGUACUGAAGGAGGGAGCAGUCCUUUGAUAUGUCCGGAUUCCAGUGCAAGACCAAGGGUUAAAUCAUCUUACAGUAUGGAAAGUGCAAAUAAAUGGUCGUGCCACAUGUGCACGUACUUGAACUGGCCAAGAGCGAUAAGAUGUACUCAGUGCUUGUCUCAACGUAGGACCCGGAGUCCCACAGAGUCUCCUCAGUCUUCGGGGUCUGGUUCGAGACCGGUUCCUUUUUCCGUCGAUCCGUGUGAGGAAUAUAAUGACAGAAAUAAACUGAACACAAGGGCUCAGCACUGGACUUGUUCUGUUUGUACAUACGAAAACUGGGCAAAGGCCAGGAAAUGCGUUGUGUGUGAUCAUCCCAGACCUAACAACAUAGAAGCAAUAGAACUGGCAGACACUGAAGAGGCUUCUUCAAUCAUAAACGAGCAAGACAGAGCUCGGUGGAGGGGAAGCUGUAGUAGUGGUAAUAGCCAAAGAAGAUCCCCGCCUACAACCAAACGUGAGUCGGAUGUGAAAAUGGACUUCCAAAGAAUCGAAUUGGCUGGAGCUGUUGGCAGCAAGGAGGAACUUGAAGUUGACUUCAAGAAGCUAAAGCAAAUAAAGAAUAGGAUGAAAAAGACUGACUGGCUGUUUCUAAAUGCAUGCGUUGGAGUUGUAGAAGGUGAUUUAGCUGCUGUUGAAGCCUACAAGUCAUCAGGAGGAGAUAUUGCCCGCCAGCUGAGUGCUGAUGAAGUGCGCCUGCUAAAUCGCCCGUCUGCUUUCGAUGUGGGGUACACGCUUGUACAUCUGGCAAUACGCUUCCAGAGACAAGACAUGCUGGCAAUUCUGCUUACAGAGGUAUCACAACAUGCAGCAAAGUGCAUUCCUGCCAUGGUGUGUCCAGAGGUCACGGAACAAAUUCGUCGUGAAAUUGCUGCAUCUCUUCAUCAGCGGAAAGGAGACUUUGCUUGCUAUUUCCUGACUGACCUUGUAACGUUUACGUUACCUGCAGAUAUUGAAGACUUACCACCCACAGUCCAAGAAAAGCUAUUUGAUGAAGUGCUUGAUAGAGAUGUUCAGAAAGAGCUCGAAGAGGAAUCUCCUAUUAUUAACUGGUCACUGGAAUUGGGUACGCGCUUGGACAGCAGAUUAUAUGCACUUUGGAAUCGGACUGCAGGGGACUGCCUGCUCGAUUCGGUCCUGCAAGCCACGUGGGGCAUUUACGACAAGGAUUCAGUGCUGCGGAAAGCUCUUCAUGACAGUUUACAUGACUGCUCACAUUGGUUCUAUACGCGCUGGAAAGAAUGGGAAUCAUGGUAUUCCCAAAGCUUUGGUUUACAUUUCUCACUGCGAGAGGAACAGUGGCAGGAAGAUUGGGCAUUCAUACUCUCUCUCGCAAGCCAGCCUGGAGCAAGUUUGGAGCAGACACACAUUUUUGUACUUGCACAUAUUCUUAGAAGACCAAUUAUAGUUUAUGGAGUAAAAUAUUAUAAGAGUUUCCGAGGAGAAACGUUAGGAUAUACCCGCUUUCAAGGUGUGUAUUUGCCUUUGUUAUGGGAACAGAGUUUUUGUUGGAAAAGUCCUAUUGCUCUGGGCUACACGAGGGGCCAUUUCUCUGCUCUGGUUGCCAUGGAGAACGAUGGAUAUGGCAAUCGAGGUGCUGGUGCUAACUUGAACACUGACGAUGACGUUACUGUUACAUUUCUACCCUUGGUGGAUAGCGAGAGGAAAUUAUUGCACAUUCACUUCCUUUCUGCUCAAGAGAUAGGUAACGAGGAGCAGCAAGAAAAGCUGCUUCGGGAGUGGCUGGACUGCUGUGUGACGGAAGGAGGGGUCCUGGUGGCCAUGCAGAAGAGCUCUCGCAGGCGCAACCAUCCUCUGGUCACCCAGAUGGUGGAGAAGUGGCUCGAUCGCUACCGACAGAUCCGCCCUUGUACGUCCCUUUCUGAUGGCGAGGAAGAUGAGGAUGAUGAUGAUGAAUGAUGGGUGAAUUUGGAAUAGCAAAUGACCAGCGCGUAGUGUCUGACCUGGAGUUAGAGUUGUGCUAUAGCUGUUUGUUGUGGAACAACCUAAUUCUAGAAGAAACAUGCUGCAAAGGGGAUUGUUCUAACCAGCAUGGGGAGAGUCUAGAAGCUCAUCUGCUGCAUGGAGAGCGCUCAAUGGGCCGGACUACAGUUUGUAUAAAACAAAAGAGAAACAGAACACCUAAUUUUAUUAUCGAGACAGGAAAAAACAAAAACCAACAACCCCACAAAAAACAAAACACUUUUUCUUUCUGAUUGUAAAUCUGUCUAUAAAUGUACUGCAUGUGGUUGUGUAAGAGAUUGUGUAAUAGGAGAAGCAUACCAGCAUCUUAAUGAUUGCAAAGAAGUUUUUCAGUUAAGGGCACUUACAAAGCACACGUUAGACGGAUCUCUCUUCCCUUUGAGAUUCUUUUGCAGUAGAGCCUGGCAUCCUCCAUCCUCCAUCACCUGCUAUCGAUACUCUGGCAGGUUCCUGUGAAGGGCCCUUCCAUGUGAAAGCUCAGCAGUGCCCAUGUAAGGCAGUGAGGUUUCUCUUUUUCUUUGCACAAAAUACCCACAGCAAGUCGUAAGCAAACCCACGUUCAUUUUACUUCUAUUUCAGUUACUGCUGUGCCCACCAAUAAAACCUGAACUCUAUGGAACAAACUGGAAGAGAAGCUGAAUUUUUCAUGGAGUGAAAUGAUUUGUUUUCCUGAACAAGUCUUUUUGCUUUUGGGUUUGUUUUUUCCCCCUUUCCCCCCCGUCCUUUCCUAGUUAGAUUCCUUUCAUUAUACUUAAGGAUAUUUAUUCCGAGCUGUGACCUGAAGUAUCGGGAUUUGAUUCCAGUACGUAAAUGCUAAAUGGGAUUGUGUGAAACCUGAGAACUCGAGAUGUGACGGGGAGCUUUGCGCUGUCACAGCUCCCUUCUUGCUGUGACACAAACGACACGUCGUUCCAUCAUUUAUUCCUUCAUCAACUUAAAACGUUGCUGCCAAUGGAAAAGCAUCUGUGUGAAGGGUCGGUCGGUCGGUCAGCCUAGCGAGGAUCCACUCAGCAGUUCUGAUUAAAAACAAGAAGCGUCUGUGCUGCAGUUGUUAUUCGAAGCACCGUGUUAUGUAUCUCUCGGUCUGUAACCCUGGGAAUUCCUUGCAUGUCGAUUGAUGUGGCCAUACUUUAAACUUAUGUAAGUUCCUAAGAUUGUUAAGCUCAGAGUAUUAUUCUCCAGUAGCGAUUUAAUUCUCUUUGAUGACUGUAGCUGUGUAACCUGCGAUGGUUGAAGCUGAUCUAUGAACACUAAAGGUUGAUGCUGGUUUUUACACAUGCAGUGAGUGCAAUUCAGGUGUUCUUGAAAAGCACUUUGGAUGGCGUGGAGGUUCCAUAAGGAAUUUAGCAGUAGAUGCAAUUGUUUGAAUUAGGGUUUGGCAAGAAGCCCCAUAGCACAUACUGUUACAUAGAGGAGAGCUGGGGAACCCCUGAGGAAUUUGCUGCUUGUUUUAUUUUCCCUUCCAAAUGCUGCUUGAAAUGCGCACAGCUCCAUCAAGGUGGUGAUGGCGCCGACAGUGCAGACAGAACCAGGUGCUGCAUUGAUGGAGCAGUUUUCCCAUCAGAUCCCACUGAGGUUCCUUAGGAAACACCUUCACAUGGUUAUUGGUUUUGGCCAUUCAGGCUCCUCUGGUUGGUGCAUGAGCAAAGCAGCAGCUGGAAGAGUGUGCGUUUAACUGCAGUGUGUGGAUGAUUGGCCUGCACUGACAGGGAGCUGCUGAUACCGAAGAGGUUUUUGGCUCCGUUUUGAGUUUGCUUUCUAAGUUGGUUUUAUUUUCUUUUUCUUGCAGCGAAGCCCUUUUACCCCUUGUCUCAUUGAUGGCCAUAGUUGGGCUGUCAGGGAGCUGCAGGCAGCGUGUGCUGGGAUGAGAGCUGUGCAGUGUCCUGAGCACCCUUCCCUGUGCCCCCUGCCCCUUAUGUUCACAGUAACGCUCCGCUAAAGGAAGUAAAGCUUCCAUUUACCACGGGGAGAACAACUGAUGUGAAACCUGCCCUGAGCCCUGCUCUCUGCACACGCCUGUCCCUCCCCUGAGCUUCAUGUGGGCAGCCGGCAGCAUCACUGAGUGCCAGCCAUUAAGGUGAGCACUGCACUCCAAUGUGUGUAGCUCUGUGAGGGCAGUCCUGGUACUUCAGAGCUCCUGGCUUUCUUUCUCACUAUUGUUUUGUUCCCAUGUGCUGUUCAAUGGUAUGUUCAGGUUAACGAGCUUCCCUGGUCCAUCCUGAACUGGGGGAGUAUCCUUUCAAAAUCAAAGUGAAUCCAAACCUCAUGUACUUGUAGAUUAAAGAGAUGCAAACCCUGCUUUGUGCUAUAGCACGGUACUCGGUGUAUGUUCGUGGGUGUUGUUGAAUUACGUACUUGAAAGCUGACAGAUACUGAGAUGAACUUGCUCAUGUUACCUGCAGCUCAUUGCAAGCUCUGCUCCUCCAGCCGAGCACUCCACCUUUGUUUCUCAUGUUACGUCCCUCCCUGUUGCUCACAGUAGCAAACGCUUUCCUGGCGCAGAACUCGGCUUUCCUUGCUCCCUCCUUCACACCUGGUUGGUUUUCUGGUUCUGUUUAUGAACGGCUCAAUGGACAAUCCCUGUAUUUCUUUUGGUUUUAAUAUAUUAAAAUUUAGUAAUCCUG